GCGCUCAGGUGGUCUGUGCGCUCUCCACGCUUACGACAUUGCGAGCGGUCGAGACGCGCUGUGGUCCUCGAGAUCGGCGGUGUUUGUCAUCGAUCCCAGUUACAAUGCUAACCUUCCGCCAGGAGGCAAGAGUCGACAAGCGAUAUGGAGGCGCCGACGAGCUGGGCGCAGUUGCCGCUGAUAGACAACCGAGGUGGACACGGGACGUGAGGAGUCCCGAGAGGGUGUCACCGAGCUGGAGGACCGAGGCGGACAAUGACAAACGCGGCUCGGCGCACGUGAGCAGCGCGCUUCGUGGCGCAAGCAGCAGUCGCGGGCUCAUAGCAUGCGGCGAGGAUCUGCCCCUGUUCGCGGACCCGACGUUGGCGGGGUGCGCAUCACCGCGCGUGCCUGGCGAAGGGAGCGGGUACCCGAAGGAGCCAGGUCUGAUUCGGUGGAAGGUUCGCAGGCGGGUGCAGUGGGCAGAAAUGAGCGUGGGUUCGCGCCCGUCCUCGCAGAAUAGGCGUUCUCACGUUGGCGAUGUCCCUCUCAUAGCGGAGGCGUGCGUCAUCAUUCCAGGCAGUGCUGUUUGAGAGACCGGGUUUGUUCCAUGGGGACGAGAUGAAAUACCUGGGAUCAGCUAUCAUUCUCGCAGCGGGUGAUUGAGUCUGCUGGAAAUUCAAACAGAGGCCCCGAGAACAUGAGGCGCUCCAUUAAGGUGCCACGAAGCCAUCAGCUUCUCCAACGAUACGAAAUUCAGCCAAUCGGACAGAGGGCAUGCCGAUGAGUGGCGGACGAGACUUCGCCUAAGCGUCACGGGGAUAGCGAGGGAGGACGGCGCCUGUGGCGCAUGC